AACUCAGUCGGUUCGGGGCGUCCGGCUCAUGUGCAUCGGCUCCCGCUGUUAUAAUAUUUUGCAAACUUUUCUGCAGCGAGUAUUAUGAGACGAUCGGCGGAAUUUCAAGUGCGACGCGACCUCAUCCGCGCCUUACUCGGGGAUUCGUGAGUGAUUGCGCGAGAUCGAGAUGCGCUGCGCCGGACAGGUGGGCUUUUCAAAAGGUUUCGCACGCGCGUGCAGUGUGUGAGGUUUGAUUCGAUGCGGCCGACGGCUUAUGUUGCGACCUAGACUGACUUUUGGGGAAUGAGAUUGGAUGGAAAAUGGAGAAGCAUCCGAUGCACACCUUCCUUUUGAGGACCGCCAGUUAGGAAGGUCAGCAUGAGAGGCACGGCGGUCGGAGUCGUCGUAGCGCCGAGGGCCAGUCGCGGCUUCCUGGUCAGGACACUGGCCUUCGUCUUCCUGGCGACGUUCCUCUGGCUGCAGCUGCACGUCAUCAACCUGACCAGCCGCGACUGGUCGAACCAACCCAUCGUCAACGAGAGCCUCUACGCCCUUGUGCCUCAAGAGCUGCACAGGUUCUUGAAGGAGCGUCGCAACGGAACGCUCGGCCGAGGUUCCGGUAACGGCACCAACGCGUCCAGCAGCGGCAACGGCGCCGAGGAGCUGAGCGAGCGGGAAAUCGCGGACAUCCGGCGUCAGAUCGAGGCCGUGAACGCGGAGCAGCGCGUCCUCAACGAGGAAGCCUUCGGACCCCUCGCUCCCGACGCCCCCGUGAUCGUCGUCCAGGUGCACGACCGGCUGACCUACCUGCGCCACCUCAUCAUCUCCUUGGCGCAGGCUCGCGGCAUCGAGCAGACGCUCCUCGUCUUCAGCCACGACGUCUGGAACCCCGACAUCAACUAUCUCGUGCAGAACGUCGACUUCUGCAGAGUCAUGCAGAUUUUCUACCCGCACAGCAUACAGACGCAUCCCAAGUCCUUUCCCGGCGAGAGCCCGAACGACUGUCCGCGGAACAUACGCAAGGAGCAGGCCUUGAACCUGGGCUGCACGAACGCCCAGCACCCGGACCUCUAUGGCCACUACCGCGAGGCCAAGUUCACCCAGACGAAGCAUCACUGGUGGUGGAAGGCGAACCGGGUGUUCGAUCGGCUGACGGCGACGCGCAACCACACCGGCAUGGUCCUCUUCCUCGAGGAGGACCACUACGUCGCCGAGGAUUUCCUCCACGUGCUCAGGCUCAUGGAGCGCACCUGCAAGCACAGCUGCGAGCGCUGCAACGUGCUCUCGCUCGGCACCUACCUCAAGACUUACAAUUACUACGCCGACUUCAGCAAGAAGAAGGAGCUGCUGAGGGGUCUGAAAAGGCAGGAGACCGCGAGCGCUGGAAACAGUCUUGGCAGGCACAUGCAGGAGGGUGGACUGGCGGCCGCCGCCACCUCCUCCUCCGCGAAUUCCGGCCAGCAGGUCGUCGCUGCGCCUUCCUGGGCCUAUCAGCUCCUGCCCGGGCUCUAUCAGCACUACCAAAAGGCGGAGGUGAUACCGUGGAUCUCGAGCAAGCACAACAUGGGAAUGGCCUUCAACCGGGCGACGUGGGGCAAGCUGCGCAAGUGCGCCGCGCAGUUCUGCUCGUACGACGACUACAACUGGGACUGGAGCCUGCAGCACGUCGCCCAGACCUGUCUUCCGCCGAGUCGCGGUGCCGGCGUCGCGCCGCGACUCGACUCCGGCCUAAUCACCAUGAUGAUGCGCGCGCCGCGCGUCUUUCACAUCGGCGAGUGCGGGGUGCACCACAAGAAAACGAACUGCGAGUCGACGACGGUGAUAGCCAAGGUGCAGAACGUCCUCAAGUCGGCGCGCAGCAACCUCUACCCCUCGCAGCUGACCCUGAUGGUCGCCUCGGUCUCGAAGAAGACGAAGCUGCGCAAGGGCAACGGCGGCUGGGGCGACGUGCGCGACCACGAGCUCUGCCUCAACAUGACUCUCGCGGCCGAACCGCUCAUGCCGCCCAGUGGACUGCUAUAAAUAUAUGUGUGUGUGUGUGCGUGUGUGCGUGUGUGCGUGUGUGUUUGCGUGCGCGCGCAAAGACGCUUUCCGCGCUAGUGCAGCGUGCGUAAGAAACGAAUAAAAAUACUGACGACGCGUGCAGCGUUUUCAAAUGCAUUUUCUAGUCAACCCUGCGUGUAUGUGCAAUGGUAAUAUGCGUACGUGCGAGUGAUGUGUGCGUGCAGAGCGGAAGAAGCUGCUGCUAGACUCGGAUCUUUUAAAUUUUUAAUGACGAGUUUGUAUAGCUCCGCUCUAUAUAAUACGACGAGCAUUCUUCGCGUUCGUUUAUUUUUUUGAGGUUAUAUUACGCAUAUAAAUACUUUCGACUGUGAUCUUCUGGAUCGUCGUAAAAAUUUUAAUUAGGCGAGAAAUCGCAGCGAUUCGCAUCUGUCGUUUUACAAUGUUGCGAAAGAAAAUACUGCUCUUCGAUGACGCGCUGUAUAGCAUCUCUCGAAUAUUGUACAUAAUGCCUGCAGUGAUUUGUAUUUUUAUUCUUCUCGUAUAUGGUAUCUAUUACGUGCUUAUAGUUAUUACUGAACGACCGCAUGAAAAAAAAAAACGCCUAUCUAUCGUAUGUAUGAAAAAAUGCCGAUUAUCAAGCGUAUAUCAAUAAAAGGCGAGAGAAUGAGGUAAGGGAUUCGUAUUCGCGAUAAUGCUAAGUGACAAAGAAUAGCUGACUACUGCGCUAAUAAAAUAAAUAGGCAUUAUUGAGUAGUUGAAAUAUGUUACAUGCUUGCGAUCUUCAACGUAAUCAUCUGCCAUAUUUUUUGUAUUUAAUAAGAUCUAUAUAAUAAUGACGCUUCAAACCGACAAGAUCUGCUAAAUGAAUUAUUUAAAGAUCGUGCAUACACUAAAUUCGUUCGACAUCGUACAUUGUUGAUUUAUGAUGUUUAACAUCACGAUAUUAUAUUAUACUUCAUAUUGCGUUCGUGAAGAAUUUUAAAACUUUUAACCCUAUCACAUAUAUACACGUAUAGUACUUUAUUAUAAAGACGUGCGUUUUUAGGUACUAAAUAAAAAAUUAUUUCUACAAAUUUUGUAAACGUUAUCUUGUUUGCGGCUGAUCGAAUAGCAUCAUUAUUUAGAAUAAUGUUAAACGUCGCGGAUCUCAGGAACUUGCUUUUUUGAUCCAAGAAGCUCUUGAUGCUGUGAAACGUCUUAAAAUAAUAACGUGUUCUCGAUAGUUCUUUAUUAUAAAUUGCCUUUUAUAAAGCGCAAGAAGAUAUACACUAAAAAAUUUUAAAUAAACAGUUGCAUUCAAGUGGAAAAAUUAUCCUUACUAUUAAAAAAAAUGCAACUACUAGUUUAUUAUUAGUGCAAUAUCAUUAUUGUUAUUAUAAAUCCAAAGAGUAUCAAUUUUUGUUUGACAAAUCAGUGAAAUUCGAUUAAUCGUAGGAUACUCAGAGCGUGAUUAGACUUUUAUAAAUAAUAUGAACAAACAAAAUAAUGUUCCUCGACACGAGAUAUUUUAGAAAUUUGUUUUCUUGCAUCAUUGAGUGUUUUGCAUUUUCUGUAUAAAAGUGAUGCAAAGUCGACUGUAAUUUUUGUUGUUGUUAUAUUAAACAAUUUUACACCAGAAACUGGUUUGAUUAAACAACAUUAAAAUAUAAAUAAAUUGUUUUAAAUAUCAAUCAUGAAA